GCCGUGACGAAGACAAAGCACCACCAAACAUAUUUAUUCUUUAAUUUCUAAAGCCCUAAAAUAAAAUCCUUCGGAGACAUUCGCCAUUAUUUUCAUUUCAAUCUCUUCUUCUUCUUCUUUUAACUGAUUCUCUUUUUAUUUUUUUUCUUAUCCUCUCUUACUACCAACCAACCAACCAUGGCUUCUGCGACGGCCACGUGGACACCUACCUCCCUCCAGCUCCGUCUCGCUCUUACCUCCGGCGCUCGCCGUAAAUCCAGCGCCGUCUACUUACGCCCCUCGCGUAUCGGUUGUGGAGGAGUUGUCUGCUGCGUUUCGCAGAAGCCUGGAGUCGAAGCGUGGACUGGAUCGGAUUCGUCAAAAUCGGAUGGUUUAGCUGGUUGGGACGAUUCCGGUAACAACGGAAACAAGUCUGCCAGAGCUAAGAAGAAGAGUUUAAUCGAAGGUGUAGUUGGUGCUGGAGUUGUUGGAAUCGUUUUGGUUGCUGCUUUAAGCUUUGCAGUUUCUUCUUUUAACAAGCGUAAUCAUGCCAGACUUAAACCGGAAAUGCAGUCGUUGACUUCUCAGCAGGAGAGCGUGGUUAUAUCAUCUGAUGGAACUCCUAGUGAUGAAGCCAAGAUAGCUAACAGCGAGGACAUUCUUAAGGACGAGGUUAAGAGUAUAGAAGUCAAUGAUAUUGGUCAGCUAGGUGAUGACAAAGUGUAUGGUGAAGGUAAAAUACUUGGUGCUGAGGAUUCGUUUGUUGAUGGUAUUAUAUCUGAUGGAACAGAUGCCACUGCUGAAAUCAUUACACCUGAAGCAGAGUUGAAGCUUCAUGUUCAAUCUGAUCCUGACACGCCGGAAAGUGAGGAAAUAAUUUCUGAAUCAAAGUCUGUGUUAGACUCAUCACCUGAGGCUGUAGAUUCACAAAAGAGUGAGAUUACUGGAGCCGAAAAUUUAGAAGAAUCUGAUAGCCUUCCAAACACUGAACCGAUCAAUGUGUCUAGUUUAGAAAGUGAAGUCGAUAGUCAGAAAGAAGAUUCCAUGUCUGCUUUACCUGACAGUGAUGCGUAUGCAGCUACGGGGACUGUAGCUGUUGGCGUUUUUGUUGAUGCACAAUCAGAUUUGACUUCGGAUCCUCAUGCUGUGCCACUUAAUGACACGGGGACAGCAUUCUCGACUGUGACUGAGGAUAUUCCUGAGGUGAACGGAACACCUGAGGAAUUAGCUGCGGGGAGGAUGUCAUCAGUCUUGGACAUAGAUACAGAGAAAGAAGUUGAAUCUUCAGAAACUCCUGUCUCAGAAUCUACAUAUUUGUCAAAAAAUGAACUUAACAUCAAUAGUCAAGACGAGCUUGGCGACAACGGGCAACUUCUGGAAACACCGAGUGGUGGAAAUGCAUUUUCUUCAGCAGGAAUUCCUGCACCUUCGAUUUCUUUUCAAGUAAAUCCUGGAAAGAUUCUUGUUCCCGCAACUGCAGAUCAGGUCCAGAGUCAAGCAUUUGCUGCUCUGCAAGUUCUGAAGGUCAUUGAAUCUGACAUCCAACCUAGCGAUCUUUGUACGCGUAGAGAAUAUGCCAGGUGGCUGGUCUCUGCUAGCAGUGCAUUAUCAAGAAACACGACCUCAAAAGUGUAUCCGGCGAUGUAUAUAGAGAAUGUUACAGAGCUUGCUUUCGAUGAUAUUACUCCUGAGGACCCCGAUUUUUCAUCCAUUCAAGGUUUGGCAGAAGCAGGACUUAUCACAAGCAAGCUUUCUAACCGAGAUUUACUUAACGAUGUUGAAGGCACGUUCUUCUUUUCCCCUGAAAGCCUUCUUUCACGCCAGGAUCUUAUAAGCUGGAAAAUGGCCUUGGAGAAACGACAGCUUCCAGAAGCUGAUAAAAAGAUGCUAUAUAAACUCUCGGGUUUCAUUGAUAUUGAUAAGAUAAACCCAGAUGCAUGGCCUGCCAUCAUCGCAGAUUUAUCUACUGGAGAACAAGGAAUCGCUGCCCUUGCAUUUGGUUGUACAAGAUUGUUUCAACCUCAUAAACCCGUCACUAAAGCUCAAGCUGCGAUUGCACUCUCAAAUGGUGAGGCUUCUGACAUAGUCAGUGAGGAACUGGCACGCAUCGAAGCAGAAUCAAUGGCUGAAAAGGCCGUGUCUGCACAUAACGCCCUGGUUGCCGAGGUCGAAAAGGAUGUCAAUGCGAGCUUCGAGAAAGAGCUUUCCAUAGAACGAGAAAAGAUUGAAGCCGUCGAGAAAAUGGCGGAACAGGCGAAACUGGAGUUGGAGCAGCUGAGGGAGAAGAGAGAGGAAGAGAAUCUAGUGUUGGUCAAAGAACGAGCUGCAGUUGAGUCAGAAAUGGAGGUGCUCUCAAGGUUAAGACGUGAAGCAGAAGAGAAGCUGGAGGACUUGAUGAGCAACAAGGCCGAGAUAUCUUUUGAGAAAGAAAAGGUUUCCAAUCUUCGAAAAGAAGCUGAAGAAGAGAGCCAGCGGAUUUCAAAGUUGCAAUAUGAACUGGAAGUAGAGCGUAAAGCUCUGUCCAUGGCCAGAUCAUGGGCUGAGGAGGAAGGAAAGAGAGCUAGAGAGCAAGCUAGAGCUUUAGAAGAGGCUAGAAAGCGAUGGGAAACAAACGGACUAAGAGUUAUUGUUGACAAAGACCUUCAAGAGGAUGUAGAGACGGAACAAAGCGUAUUGCUGAACACCGUGGAGCAAUCUUCCAUUGAAGGAACCGAGGAGAGAGCCCAAACCCUUGUGGAUAAGCUGAAGGAGAUGGCAGAAUCCGUGGGUGGAAAAUCCCGGGAAGUGAUCUCCAUGGUGAUGGAGAAGAUACGUUUAUGGAUUAUGGUUUUGAAGGAAUACGCAGAGAACUUGGGGAAGCGAGCAGGAGAAAUGAGAGAGGCAGCCAUUGUUAGGGCAAAAGGAGCAGCGAAGGAGGUUGAGAAAGGGACGGUUCAGGUAGGCGAUAAGGUGAAGAGAAUGGCUGAGGAGUGUAGAGAUGGAGUUGGGAAGAUCACUCAGAGGUUCAAGACUUGAGUGAGUUCUUGAACUUACCUUUUUGUAUUUUGUUUUCUUGGAAUAAAAUAAAAAGAGAAUAAUGGCAUGACCAUUACAAUAUAUACCGUAUCGGUCAGUGAUGAUCAGAGAGUUAAAAGACUGUAACAUUUUGUAAUCUUUGUUAUGUGCUUACUUAACACACUUGCA